AUGUCCGUCUUGGCAGGAGUCUUGCAAUUAUCUCUGCUCUCAGCUGCAGCUCCUGUCGUGGCUCAGCAGUCAACCUCCGUAACAAACAGUCUUGUUGCUGAAGCAAUACACGCUUUCAAGGCUGCCUUACAUGCUGCCAGAAGCAAUGAAGGAAGCCUUGAAAGCAAGCUGAGGCUCGAGAUUCCAGUCAAUACCUUCUCGAAUGCGCACUGCUCCAGCUACGCAAUCUUCGUCUCCGUUUCACGCGCUCGCUCGCACAUCGAAUUUUCAGGGGAGGGGUCAAUGAAGACAUUUCAUGAUGUUAAAGGCACAUGGUUUGAAGGCCUAGACCUAGGCUAUGUGGCUCAAGGGCUCAGAGCGCAGGUCUGA